UUAUGUACAAAUUCCUGAAGAGAUAAAAAAUAAUGAAAAUUGGAUGGAUAAAGCUUUAAAUAAUGCAGAAAAUAAUAGUUUAGGAAGAGUUUUUCCCUUAUCUGGUUAUAAAUCGAAUUUAAUUAUUAAAGAAUUAUUACCAAAAGAAGAGGAAAAAAUAAAAAUAUAUCGUUCGGCAUUAAUUUUAUUAAAAAUUUGGGCAGAAAAUAAUUCUAUUUAUGGAAAUCAAUUUGGAUUUUUGAGUGGUACUUCUAUGUUAAUUAUGUUAACUAAAAUUUAUUUAUUAUAUCCAAAUACUUGUUCUGUUUUGGUUAUAGUAGAUAGAUUCUUUCUUACAUUUUUGACAUGGUUAGUUUGGAUAACUUUAAUUUUUAAAGCAAAAUUAUUUAUAAAGUAA